GAAGCCCUCCACUUUUGCGUCCUUGUAAGGAAAAGUGUCCUGGCUUCCCCCAGGUCGGGCUUCGGGGAUUGGUGGUUGGAUUGGGUGAUUGACUGAAUUCUGGGGCUCCACCCCGCCCCCGCCCCUUCCCUGCAGCUUUAUUGACACUAAUGAGCAAGUUCUUCCCACCGCUCUCCUGCCUGGAAGUGCUGACAGAUCAAGGCAACAAAUUUCAAUUACAAGCCUUAAUUUGUGUCCGCAGAGUGUUUUUUUACCCAUGUCAGUUCUUUCUGGCGCAUCAGACGAGGCAGAGCUUGGAGAAGAAAGAGGUGGGGGGUGGCAGUGAAGAAUCACAUCCCUCGGAAAAAAAAAAUAGGAAAAAAGAGAGAGCGCGCAAAAGGAUUAAUUAAAAACAAAGCAAAGACAAGCUGGCAAAGGCGCCGCAGAUGAUUCGGAUUUAAGAAAAAUCGGGAGGAAACGCCAAAUUUGUUCUUGCCAGCGGCCGAGGACAAAUCUGAAGCAGUGGGCGGCAGCGUGUAUUGUUUUGUUUUGUUUUGUUUUUGGAGGGAGGAGGAGAGGAGAGAGAGCGUGUGUGCUCGUUUGUGUGUGUGUGUGUGUGUGUGCGUGUGUGUGCGCGCGCGAGUGUGCGUGUGUGUAUAUGAGAGCUGGGAGCGCCGCGCGCGUGUGCUGGGGCGGCGGGGAUGGCCGAGAAGAGGAGAAGCUCGCCCUGCAGCAUGCUGAGUCUCAAGGCUCACGCUUUCUCAGUGGAAGCGCUGAUCGGUGCGGAGAAGCAGCAGCAGCAGCAACAGCAACUGCAGAAAAAGCGGAGGAAGCUAGGCGGUGACGACUCCCCGGCCGCCGAGGGAGGUGGUAGCGCCAGCUGCGGCGGCGGAGGCUGUGAAAAGGGCUCGGUGGAGGGAGCCGAAGGAGUCUCUCUACCGCCGCCGCCCGGGGCUGAAGCUGGGGCUGCAACAGGGUCCCUGUCUGCCCGGAGCUGCGCGGAGAUGGAACGGACCUGUGGUUCCCGAGGACCUACGGGAGGCUGUGAAGAAGGUUUCCAACCGAGAGUUUCCCCAGCUGUGUCCCCGGGAGCCUCUCCGAAAGGAUCACCCGUGCCUGCUCCAGCCCCUCUUCCAGCCUUGCCUCGGGCUGGAUCCCCGUUGCCCUCCCCUCAGGCACCCAGGGUGGAUCUUCAAGGCGCCGAGCUUUGGAAGCGCUUCCACGAGAUCGGCACAGAGAUGAUCAUCACCAAGGCGGGCAGGCGAAUGUUUCCUGCUAUGAGAGUGAAGAUCUCUGGUCUAGACCCACAUCAGCAAUAUUAUAUUGCAAUGGAUAUUGUGCCAGUGGACAAUAAGAGAUACAGGUAUGUUUAUCACAGCUCCAAAUGGAUGGUGGCUGGUAAUGCUGACUCACCUGUGCCACCCAGAGUUUACAUCCAUCCUGAUUCACCAGCUUCCGGGGAGACUUGGAUGCGGCAAGUGAUUAGCUUUGACAAGCUGAAACUUACCAACAAUGAGCUGGAUGACCAAGGACAUAUUAUACUUCACUCAAUGCACAAAUACCAACCAAGAGUGCAUGUCAUUCGAAAAGACUGUGGAGAUGAUCUUUCUCCUGUCAAGCCUAUUCCAUCAGGGGAAGGGGUUAAAGCAUUCUCAUUUCCUGAAACUGUAUUUACAACUGUCACUGCCUACCAGAAUCAGCAGAUUACUCGGCUAAAAAUUGACAGAAACCCAUUUGCCAAAGGAUUUCGAGAUUCUGGCCGUAACAGGAUGGGCUUGGAAGCUUUGGUAGAGUCUUAUGCAUUCUGGAGACCUUCCCUAAGGACUCUCACAUUUGAAGAUAUCCCUGGAAUACCCAAACAAGGAAACACAGGCUCUUCUACCUUACUUCAAGGUUCUGGAAAUGGAGUUCCUACCACCCACCCUCAUCUUUUAUCUGGUUCCCCCUGUUCUUCUCCUGCCUUCCACCUUGGGCCAAACACAAGCCAGCUUUGCAGCCUGGCACCUGCCGAUUAUUCUGCCUGUGCCCGCUCAGGCCUUACCCUCAACCGGUACAGUACUUCCCUGGCUGAAACCUACAACAGGCUCACAAACCAAACCAGUGAGACCUUUGCCCCGCCAAGGACUCCCUCUUACGUUGGAGUUACCAGCAGCACGACCGUGAACAUGUCCAUGGCUGGCAACGAUGGAGACUCAUUCAGUUGCCCACAGACCAGCUUAUCUAUGCAGAUUUCAGGGAUGUCUCCCCAGCUGCAGUAUAUCAUGCCCUCACCUUCUAGCAAUGCCUUUGCCGCCAACCAGACCCACCAGGGCUCUUACAACACUUUCAGGUUACACAGCCCCUGUGCUUUGUAUGGAUACAACUUUUCCACAUCUCCCAAACUGGCUGCCAGUCCUGAGAAAAUUGUUUCUUCCCAAGGAAAUUUCUUGGGAUCCUCACCGAGUGGGACCAUGACUGAUCGGCAGAUGUUGCCCCCCGUGGAAGGAGUACACUUGUUGAGCAGUGGGGGUCAACAGAAUUUCUUUGACUCUAGGACCCUAGGAAGCUUAACACUGUCAUCAUCUCAAGUGUCUGCACAUAUGGUUUGAUGGAGCCUUUAAGUCAAAAUACAUUUUUUUCCCUAGUGUACUUUCUGUUCUUAGCUAUGUGGAAGGACAAUCAUUUUGUGGCUUGUAUAAUGUGUAUAUAAUAGAAAAAGGUGCACUGCGCCUUUGCCUUGGCUUAUGCUGAGAAUAUAUAUUAUAUAUAUAUGCAGCAUAUAUAUAAUAUAUAUUGUGUUAUAUAUCUAUAUUGUAUAUACAUAACCUUUUGAGUUAUUCAGGCUAUACAACUGCACCCUCCAUCUGGUAAUCCAGUGGUACAAAGUGUUUGCAAUGUAUGCAACAUAUUUAGCUGAAAUUCCAAGGCUUUUUUAAACACAAAAUGAUAUAUUUAACGACUGGCCCCCAUAACUAAACAUUUCCAACUGCGUUUAUCAGAAAAGUUCUCUAAACAUUUUUUUCACCUGUGUUGAUAAUCCAAAAUUUAUGACUGCUGUUAUUCUUAGAGAUUUGGAAGGUGUGGAGACCUUACGUGCAGAAGGUUCCUCAAAGACAACAUCAUCUAUAUGAGUGGAAUAGCUUUCUUCCUCUUACUUUUCCUUAUUCAUCAAUAACUAGUAUGGGACCCUGAGAAACAGUAUGGAGUAGCAGAUAGAUGGGGCUCCCUCUGGGUGCAUGUCCUGCCACUAUGUGACCACAGACAAGUCAUGUGACCUUUCAGUGCCCUAUACAUUUCUCUAAGACUGUAAGUUACAGACAAGUCAUAAUCCCCCCUCCUCAGGAGAAUUAGUUUCCACAUUGUUCGUCUCUUAUACUAACAAAAUUACAAGUCCAGACCCCCUUGCCAAAUUUUUAACCCUGUUACCUAAUAUCCUCUAUGAUAUUGCUUCAUGGAAAAACAGAAACAUCACUGAAAAAAAUUUUUUUGAAGUUUUGUUCUAAUUUUCAUUCCCCAAUAGAGAUAUUAGUGAUUCUUAUUCCUCUACAGAGAAUGUAUUUACAGUCUUUUAAUUUUUGCUCAAGUAUUUCCUGUUCUACCACCAACAAGCUAGAAGGAUGCCAGUGUCUGUUAGCCUUCCAAAGAAUAUGGCGCAUAUAUUUUAAUUGUCACUAGAGGACAUAAUAUUUUAAUCCUGAGAGAGAGAGAGAGAGAGAAAAUAUAAUUAUUUAAAUCCAGCUCCUCAUUCUCAUGAUUUGAACAAUGAAAUACAGGAAACCUCUAUUUUAAAUCAAAAGGAUUAAUGUUGUCAGUUUCCCCCCUUCGCUGUGCUUCGGUCAAGGGUAUGAGGGUCUCUCUUGCUUUGGGUUCUCACUACUAAUUGCUUAGGUUGGAAUUCUUGACCUAAGGUAUAUUUUUGAGGGGAGGGAGGUUAUGGUUCUUAUUUAUAAUACAAUGUCUCCUAACUCCCACAGCUUGGACACUCGCCCUUGUGAGCCGCCCUCUGUCAGAGUCUUUUCCUGUGAAAACUGAUAUGCAGCCUUUUUGGUUUUAAAUAACACUACAAAGAAUUUCUGUGGGUCAUCUCCAUGAAUCUGCCUUUUGGAGUUUCUGCUGGCAUACUAAAAAACAAGGAAUUUCACUGGAGGAACUAGAAAGCCAUUUCUUCUUAACAUUUUAAAAGCUAAAGGCAUUUUGAACUUUAAUACCAGGAAAAAUGAGGGUCUAUCUUUGGCGGCUUCCCUCAGCAUAUGGAUCUAGGGGGCUGUAAAGCAAAUUACUUAGAUAGCACAUCACAGAACAAAUUAAAUCAGCUAUACAGGGAGAGCAGCAUUCCUGUCUUCUUGUUGAGAAAAAAAAAAGUUGCCCAUUUUGGGCCAGUUCCACACUUUCUAUGUAUCAAGCUAAUGGUGGUAUGAGUUCAUUAUGUCUUUGCACCAAAUUAAUUGUUUGAAUUCAGGAGUUCUUAACCUUUUUUUUGGCAGUCUGGUAAAAUCUAUGAACUCUUCUCAGAAUAAUGUUUUUAAAUAAACAAAAUAAAAUACAUAAGAUUAUAAGGAAGUCAAUUAUAUUGAAAUUUAGUUAUCAAAAACAUUCUUUUUAGAGGUCUCAGGAUAAGAUGCCUUUAUUUCAUCUUUGUUUUGGUAAGGAAAAAGCAGUGUGGGUCAUGAUUUGUUCAUUGGCUUCAGGUGUCUAGGAAUGUCCUGAGAUUUAAAAAGAAUUUACAUUGGAUAGAACUCAUGGUUUCCAUACCUGGCCCAUUUUCUUCCAUGUAUUCUAUAUUACCAAACCCUGAAUUUCAGCAGUUCAUCACGGUUCCUGAUUUUUUUUUUCCAGUUAACAUGAGAGACUGAUGCAAGCCUUUUGUAAUGCCUUAAAAAACAUAGUGGGCAUAGCAGUCCACUUGUGUGCUGUAAUGUCUGUUUGGACAAAGAUUUGGAAUGAUGCUUUUAAAAAAGGACAAAGUUUAUGAGGACACAAGGUUGUAUAAGAGCUUGUUAAAUAUGCAAGGAGAAUUCUCAGUGCCUUGAGAAAACCUGAAAAAAUAUUCAUGUGCAUGUAUGUGAGCAUAAAAAAAUAUAUAUUUUUGUUGUCAGUGACUUGGAGAUGACACAACGCCACAGACAUGUUGUUUGUUCAUUUUAAAUUCAAGGUCAUUUUUAUUUUCUUCAAGACUUUACAAUACUACUACAAUUUUUUCCCUUAAAAUCUUACUGUAAAUAAUUAUCACAGUGCCAACAUAAAGACUUGCUUUUGUUAUUAUAUUAAAUAGUAUCUAUGCAUUGGUAUCUGUAAUUAUCCAUCUGUAUUUUAUUACUACAAAAAUGCCAUAGAAAAUUAUAUUAAAGUAUGUAUCUGAACACAUUA